CCUUUCCCCAAAUGGCGCGGAUGACUUCGACCGCAUGCCCCUCAACCAUCGCCUCAACUUGCUUUUAGCCACCAAUUGCGUCUCCAUCGACUCCGAAUUGAAAUCUCGCCAGCUUCAGCAAAAUCCAUUCCCUGCAAUUCGCCAUUCUGGGAGAUUUAACCACGAAAUCGACUCGGAAAAUAAGUGCGUGAAAUCAAGUCAUGUUACUGCUGGAGUAUAUGAGAAAGCUGCUUCUGUUGUUGAAAUUGGAAGUCCUAUCGAAGUGAAGAUCGAAGAUGGUGAAAACAAUGUGAUAUCAAAUCAAAUUCUGAAGCCGAAAUGAGGCAUGAACAUUUGGAUGAGCUGGAUCAUGUGGUUCUAAAAGAACGAUUAAGGAGGCUGCUAACAAGUGAAUGCUUGGGAUUGUCCUCGCCAAUGCUGAAGGCAUCUUGCUAUCUAUCUGGUGAUAUUCGGAUUGUGCAAACUCCGGAUAUACCUAGCUUAGCAAAUGUUAAAGUUGAAUCUCCAAAUCCUGAUGAUUUUAAGAGUUCUAUUGCAAGUACUGUGGGUCAAAUGUCAUCUAGUAACUUUGUCCCAGUGAAAGCUGAAGUUCAUACUGCUGGUUGUUGGCUAGAUCGAUCAAAACCUACCCAUUCAGUGAAAAUCAACCUCCCAAGGAAAAGGAAAAAAACCGCUAUGGGUUCAAUUGAAACUGCUAUGGAAGAAGAUUCCCCUGGACUAUUGCAGGUAUUGAUAGAUAAAGGUGUUGCAGUUGAUGAAAUUAAGCUUUAUGGUGAACCAGAAAGCAAAGAUGCUUUGGAUGAUUCAUUCAUGCAAGACAGCUUUGGAGAGCUAGAAGAAGUUAUUACAAAGCUUUUCUCCCAGCGGGAAUCUUUAUUGAAGUAUGGUCCAGUGCACUGCUCGAAGGGUGAGAGGGUCAGUUACUGUUUGGAAUGUUUGUUCUCACUUGUGGAGCAGGUAUUUCUUGCACUUUAAUUUGGCUUGUGCUGACCAUUAAUACAAGACCAUGAGAGCACAUCAUUUUUCUUUUGAUUCUGGUGAUUACUUGAUUGACUCAUUGUCUUGCAGGCUCACUAUCUACAGCAUCGACAUUGGCCUGUUGAAUGGGGAUGGUGCCGCGACCUUCAAUCUUUUAUCUUUGUCUUUGAAAGGCACAACAGGUGUCACUUGUGCAAUUAUUAUUAUUAUUAUUAUUAUUAUUAUUAUUAUUAUUAUUAUUAUUAUUAUUAUUAUUAU